CAUAAUCUCUCUCUCUCUCUCUCUCUCUCUCAGUCAGAGUCGCCGUCGUGCCGAGUAAUUGUUGAUCAAAAGAUAUGGCGGGACGGGAACAUCCUCGACAGCUCGUCCGGCUGACACCACUAUCGGUCAAUACCACGGCGCUGGAGGACCGUAUCGCCCUCCAGAACCGUGAGAUCCAGUCCCUCCUCGUCGACAAUCAACGGCUGGCAGCCGCCCACGUCGCGCUCAAGCAGGACCUCGCCGCGGCCCAGCACGACCUACGCCAUCUAUCCGUCGUCGCCGGCAAAGCCAAAUCUGAGAGGGACGCCGAGGUGCGCGAGGUCUACGAGAGGGCAUUGAAGCUGGACGCCGAGGUUCGCGCCAUCGACUCCAUGGGCGCAGACCUGGCUCGGACCCGAGCCGAUAUACAGGAGCUCGGCUCGUCCCGGCAGGAGCUUGCAGAGGAGUUGAACACGAUCGAAGGCGAGCUUGUGAGGACUCAGUCCGAGGCGAGGAAAGUGGUGGACAUUAAAGCCGAUAUCGAGACCUUCAAGCAGGAGAUUAAGAAGGGAAGGGAUGCAAUUGACAAUGAGAAGAAAACUAGAGCUAGCAACCUUGAGCACAGGCAGGGGAUGGAGAAAACAAUGGCGGCAUUGGCUCGCGAAAUGGAUAAGCUUCAUGGGGAGUUGGCCAAUGCAGAGAAGAGAGCAAGGGCUGCAGUAGCUGCAGCUGCAGCAGCAAAUCCAGGUCCUGGGUACCCUGCAGCCUAUGGCAAUGCUGAAAUGUUAUACGGGGGAAAUGCGUAUCCCGAUCCCUAUGCCGGCAUGCAUCAGGCCGCAGGUACUGCCGACGCUGCGAGUCCAUAUGGUUCUGCACCAAUGCCACAUGCUUCUUAUGACAGGCAGCCACCGCAGGAUAUGAGAUAAAGGUCUCCGGCAGGUAAUUAAGCCGGCCAGAAAAACAGCUCCGACGAUUGUAUGGCUUCAGAAAUAUAAAUAUAAAUGAAAAGGUUUGGCAGCCAUUCGGACGAACAACAUGGCAAAGAUGUGAUAAGCAGUUAAGCACAGCUGAUUUAGUGCCUUGAGGCUUUUUCGCUUCGUAUUUUUCAUGCUACCGCAAAGAAAUUUCUCAUUUACCACGAGGAAAAUAUUAGUACAA